CACGCACAAUAUUGUACCACACCUAUUAAAUAUGGCGGCUGAUGCGUGCAUUACCCAGCCUCUCUCAAUAAUUGAAGAACAUUUCAGUAGUGGAAGAAUAAAUGAAGUUCCUCAGUAUUUUGAAAGCAGGAAAACCUCUAUUCCAUUACUGACAGAUGGGGCAGUGAAUGGACAGUUGGUUCGAUAUCGUGGUAUGGUACAGGACCAGCUAGACACUGAACUAUAUUUAAAACAAUUUAAAAUAAUUAACAAGGACACUGGAGAUGAGCUGGUUUUAAGUGGAAUGUACAAAGAUAAUGUUGAAAUUCCUGAGGGAUACUGCCUUGAUGAUGAUGAUACUUCUGUUCUUCACGAGGAGGUCCACAGCUAUGUCAUAAUCCCAGUGCCAGGAGAAACCAAAUGGACACAAUCAAUUGGUGGGUGUGGUCAAGGGGACAUGGUACCCACUCUUAGUAGCAACAUGAAGAGGUCGUUGGAUUGUACUGGAACAGAUGAUGAACUCACAACCCAGUCCACUAAGAGACGUAGAAGUACUGAUCCAGUUGCCAAUGGCAACAGCAUUGCUGCCCCUCCCAUUUUAUUAAAUAAUCCGUUGCCAGGGGAAACAAGACCAUCUUGCAUAAUUAAAGUAUAUGAUAAUGAAGAGAUAUUAAUUAAUUCAAUUAUUGAAUUUAUCGGAAUAUUAAGUACUGGUAAUGAUGACUCAGGACCUCUCCUUUAUUGUAUUAAAGCCACACCCCUCACUCACACCAACCCUCUACUCCCUCCAACCAUCAACCAUCAAAAUAUUAUUAAUAUUAUUAAUUUCAAGGAGUGUCGUGAUUCUUUGCUUGAUAUAUUAACUGGGCUAUGUUUAGGAGAUACUACAGCAGCUGAAUAUUUAUUGUUACAUUUAAUAUCAUACGUUAAUAUCAGGACUGAAGUAUUAGCUUUGGGAAAGUUUUGUUUGAAUAUUUCAAAAUGUCCAAAAGAUUUUGCAAAAAAGUUGUUUGGAAUAAUUGAACAAUUGGUAACAAAAGCUCAUUAUCUGCCUCUUGAUUUAUUUAAUUUAAAUUCAUUAAAAUUUGUACCUUCCAAAGAUUACACUGACAAUAGACUCCACACUGGACUCCUCCAACUAUCAAAUGGUACUCAUCUAAUUAUUGAUGAAUUGUGUAUGGAGCAGGGACAGCUUAACGAAUUGGGUGUGGCUAAUAUGAUGUCACUGGGUACAUUGGUACAAUGGCAACACGUUAAUUAUGACUUUAAGUAUCACACACAAUCUUUCAACACUGACAUCCCUGUACUCAUUCUGUCUGAAGGAAGAUCAAUAAUUAAAGCUGAUUAUCAUAUACCAUUGGUGCCUCCUCCAGUUUCUGUUCCUUCAGUUAUUAAUGAGGUCUCUCCUGAUGCGUGGGACAAGUUAAGAGUCUACCUAACAGUUUCUAGAUACAUUAACUACUCCCUUCAGUCUGAUAUACAAAAGAGGCUGGAGGAUGAUUUUGUAUCAAUGAGGAGAUCUGAUGGUGCAACUGGUGAAGUGUUUCAUUCUCUUCUUUCAUUGGCCCGUUAUGUUGCCAUUAGCAAUGGGAACACCUCUCUCUCAAUUGAGGAAUGGGAACAAGCCAAGAGACUCUAUCAUUGGAAGGAGACAAGACUCCAAUAAUUAUCACUUAAUAACUGAUUGAAAAGUUAUCAAAAUAGUUAAUUAAAAGUUA